AUGGCGCAGGACACGUACUGGGGCUCCUUCGAAGAGAUCUCAAAGUACAAUGUCUCGCUGAACUACGCCGAGCGCAUGUGGCUGGCCUGGUAUACAUACAUGCAGAACGAUGUUCUCGCCACAGGCAUUAUGUCCUUCGUCAUGCACGAGGCCGUCUACUUCGGCCGCUCGCUGCCCUGGAUCAUAAUCGACAUGAUCCCUUGGUUCAGGAGAUACAAGAUCCAACAGAACAAAAUCCCUACCGCAUGGGAACAGUGGCAGUGUGCCCUCCUCGUCCUCUUUUCGCACUUCACCGUCGAGCUCCCCCAGAUAUGGUUCUUCCACCCCAUGUGCCAAUUCUUUGGCCUCAGCACGACCGUCCCAUUUCCGAGCAUCUACAAGAUGGCCUUCCAGAUCGCUGUUUUCUUCGUCCUCGAGGAUACCUGGCACUACUGGACCCACCGCGCCAUGCACUACGGUUUCCUCUACAAAAACAUCCACAAGAUCCACCAUCAGUACUCGGCUCCCUUCGGUCUUGCUGCUGAGUACGCCUCUCCUAUCGAGGUCAUGGUCCUCGGUUUCGGCACGGUCAGCUCGCCUAUCCUUUGGUGCGCUAUUACGGGUGACCUGCACAUCCUGACCAUGUACAUGUGGAUUAUGCUGCGUCUAUUCCAGGCUAUCGAUGCGCACAGCGGAUACGAAUUUCCAUGGAGUCUGCACCAUUUCCUUCCCUUCUGGGCCGGUGCCGAGCACCAUGAUGUGCACCACGAGCGCUUCAUCGGUAACUACUCGAGCAGCUUCAGGUGGUGGGACUACUGCCUAGACACCGAGGCUGGCCCCGAGGCCUCCAAGAGGAGGAGGGAGAAGAAGCUGGCGGCGUUGAAAAAGGGCCAGUAA